AGUUUGUGUGGAAGGUUAGGUUACUGCAGGGUUAGAUCAAAAAACACAUAUUGUACAUAGUACGUAAACACCCCGGGAGAGACUUGAACAGGAGAAACUCCGACGAACGAGAGAGACCAGGGGCGCGUCUGACCAGUGGGCGUGUUCCUCUGGAUUACCUAGUGUGAGUGCACCCCUCUCUUACCGCAGCCCAGUGUGUGUGUGUAGGCUACUGCCGGUGCCUCUCCCGCGGUCAUUGACUCGCUAAUGGGAAGUUGAAACUACCUGCUUCCCAGUUGACAGCUCACGGAGAACCCGUCCUUAGCAUGGCUCAGGCGGUCACUGGCGGCUCUAUGGAGGGUGAUUCUGGAUGAUUGAGCGUUUUAUCCGCCAUCCCUUGAGGAGGAAUAAUACAUUCUGUUGUUGCAGCAGUGAGUGGAUAUAUUCCCUAGUAUGUAACCUGUGGUUUGCGAUAGCGCCUCGGGCAUCGUAGACGCGCGGCAGAGCGGAAUAAUCAAGGUUUGGACCGUUAUCUGAUUUACCAUUGUUAGUGCGUCGACAUGUCGAACCUGGUCAGGAGCAAGAAGGAUAAAGAGAUAAUUGCAGAGUAUGAGAGCCAGGUGAAAGAUGUGCGUGCCCAGCUGGUGGAGCAGCAGCGGUGUUUGGAACAGCAGACCGAGAUGAGGGUGCAGCUGCUGCAGGACCUGCAGGACUUCUUCAGGAAGAAGGCUGAGAUCGAGACCGAGUACUCCAGGAACCUGGAGAAACUAGCCGAGAGGUUCAUGGCCAAGACACGCAGCACCAAGGACCACCAGCAGUACAAAAAGGACCAGAACUUGCUGUCUCCAGUUAACUGCUGGUACCUGCUGCUGAACCAGGUGAGGAGAGAGAGUAAGGACCACGCCACCCUCAGUGACCUCUACCUGAACAACGUCAUCACCCGCCUCACCCACAUCAGCGACGACUCUGCCCGCCUGCUCAAAAGAAGUAAAGAGAUCACCUUUCAGCUGCAGGAGGACUUGAUGAAACUCCUUAAUGAACUCUACACCGUGAUGAAGACAUACCACAUGUACCAUGGGGAGACGUUGAACGCGGAGACCAAGUUGAGGGAUGCCGAGCGUCAGGUGGGGCCUGGCGGGGGGGUGGAGCCGUUAUUCGGCAUGCGUAUAGAGGAACGCCACCAGAGACGCAACGCCGUCCGCAAGAUGGAGAAGAUGAGGGAGAAGAGGAAGGCUAAGUACUCUGAGAACAAGCUGAAGUCUCUGAAGGCCAGGAACGAGUACCUGCUGACGAUGGAGGCCACCAACUCCUCCGUGUUCAAAUACUACAUCCACGACCUGCCCGAUAUCAUAGACUGUUGUGACCUGGGGUACCACUCCAGUCUGAGUCGUGCGUUGAAGACCUACCUGUCUGCAGAGCUGAGUCUGGAGGCCUCCAGGCGGACAGGGUUGGAGGUACUGGAGGGGGCCGUGGAAGGCCUGGAUCCUGCCCGAGACAGACAGCGCCUGCUGGGCCUCUACCCCACUGCCUUCUGCCCCCCGCCACGCUUCAGCUUCCAGCCCCACAUGGGGGACCCGGUGACCCAGAUAGCCGCCCAGCCACAGGUGCAGGCGGAGCUCGCAUCUAGGCUGCAGCAGCUCCAGUCACGCCUCUCCACUCUGAAGAUAGAGAACGAGGAGGUGAAGAAGACAUGGGGGGCCACUCUCACCACCCUUCAGGACAUGACAGUGCUGGAUGACUAUGACGUUUCCCAGAGUUUCACCCACAGCCCCUCUUCAGAGUCAGUCAAGUCCAGCGUGUCGGACGGCUACCUAAACAAACCCAGCCUCGCCAAGCGCCGUGCCAACCAACAGGAGACUGAGCUCUUCUACUUUACAAAGUUCCGUGAGUAUCUGGAGGGCAGUAAUUUGAUCUCCAAACUACAGGCCAAACACGACCUACUGAAGAAAGCCAUGGCCGAGGGGUAUAUAGCAGACACGCUGACUACCAGCCGUGGACGAAAUAACUCCCAUAGCAAACACCAGGACUCGACUAAAGCCAUUCCUCUGCUGGUGGAGAGCUGCAUCCGCUACAUCAACCUCCAUGGUCUUCAGCACCAGGGCAUAUUCCGUGUGUCGGGGUCGCAGGUGGAGGUCAACGAUAUCAAGAACUCAUUUGAGAGAGGUCACGACCCCCUGAUUGACGAGGAGAAUAACCAUGACAUCAAUUCUGUGGCCGGUGUGCUGAAGCUCUACUUCCGGGGGCUGGAGAACCCCCUCUUUCCCAAGGAAAGGUUCAACGACCUCAUUUCCUGUGUCCGUAAAGAGAGCCUGUAUGACAGAGCUCAGUGUAUUCGUAAGAUUCUGCUGGGUGUUCCACGGGCGACUCUGGUCGUGAUGAGAUACCUGUUCGCCUUCCUCAACCACUUAUCCCAGUACAGCGAUGAGAACAUGAUGGAUGCUGGGAACCUGGCCAUCGUCUUCGGCCCCACCCUGCUGCCCACGCCCGACGCCCUGGACCAGGUGGCCUGCCAGGCGCAUGUUAAUGAGGUCAUCAAGACGGUCAUCCUGCACCACGACAACAUCUUCCCCGACCCCCUGGAGCUGCCUGGGCCCAUCUAUGAGAAGUGCAUGACUGGAGACCAGUACUGCGAGAGUCCGUUCAGCGAGCCGGGUGGGGAGGCGGAGCCUGACGGCAGCACAGAGACCCAGACCAGUGAGGAGGAGGGGGAAGCAGUAGAGGCGGUGGCCAGGUUUGACUAUACGGGCCGGUCGGGGCGGGAGCUCUCCUUUAAGAAGGGAGUGACCCUGCAGCUGUUCCAGCGUGCCUCACAUGACUGGUGGGAGGGGCGACUCAACGGCACCCAUGGCCUGGUGCCUCACCAGUACAUAACACUGAAGGACAGGCCUGACUCUGCAUCAACAGUGGACAGCGACAGUGGGAGCACUAGCAAUGACGACAAGAGAGCCAGAAGGGAGCUGAGCUCUCCUGCUGACAGACAGCCAGAGACCUACAAUAGCAGCCACCGCAGGAAGCGGACUGACAUUUUCCACCGCCCCCUCGGUCGCUCUAAAGACCAUGGUAACGGGGGUGUGUUGGAGAGGAACUCGCCGCCCGUCACUGGUCACUUCAGCCCACGGGAGCUCCUUCUGGGGCGGGGCACUGGCUUAACCCCGCCUCUCGACAGCCCAGAGCGUCGUCGCCGUUCCACUGCCGUGGUAACGGUUACCGUGAGCCGCCACGAUACGCUGCGUCGGCCUGAAGACACACCUAUCCGGCGCUCCAGCAGCGGGCAGCACGGCUUCAGCUCCAGAACCCUAGACCCAGACACACUGGCACAGGACAUAGAUGAAAGUGUGAGUGUGGCUCUGGGGCAGCUGAGGCAGUUGGAGCGUGGGGGCUGCAGGCCGGCUCCUGACGUGGUCCUGGACACUCUGGAGCAGGUUAAGAACAGCCCAAUCACAGCCUGCUCCUCCGAGUCGCCCAGCCCCCACAGCACCCCCUCCACCCCAGGGACUCCUGGUACCCCUAGUCCCCUCAGCCCUCUGAGCCCCCUCAUUCCCCUCCCUGGCCCCCCUCCCGCACCCCUCCGAUCCACCAACCCCUCUCCUGACACCCUGGGCUCCUUCAAGCCCGUAGCGGGAGCUCCACUCCGUAUGGGGGCUCCGCUUCGCCCCCCAGCCCUGAGGCCCAAACCCCUGGUGCCCCCCAAGAGCAACACCCCCCCUCUGCCCCCGCUGCUGGACAAGUCCUGCACCAUGUGAUGAGCCAAACCAGGCCAACAUAAAGAAUAGGAGAACAGGGUACCUGCUUACUGUUUAGAAACCUGAACAAGGGUAGAAAGUGGUAGGACAGAUCUGAAACUAAAAGGGUUUUAUGUAGUAAUACAAAAUAAUAUAUGAUAUGAUCUAUGAUAUGCCAUGAUAUUUAUGUGUGUUGUCAGGUUGGUGUGUACUUUCUUCUUGGUGUAAAGGAGUUUACUUUCUCCAUGUAUCAAAGCAUUUAUCAAAGGGUAGCUAUGUAAAAUGGGACUGCUGAAUGGGAGAAG